AUGUUCACCUCCAAGUUCACCGAGCACCUCGACGAGCGCACCGUCGAGACCUCCUACUUCUCCUCGCACCAAGACGUCAGCCUGCAAGACGUGCUCGCCGAGACCGAGACCCGCCGACGCUCCUCGACCAACCAGAGCAGCAGCAGUAGCGAAUCCGCCAACAGCUCGGCGUCCGCUUCGUCGGCCGCGACUAGCCCCAGGUCGCCCUCGCCGUCGAAAACAAAGUUCAGACGCUUCACGCUGAGCGGCAAGGGCCGUUCGUGA